GCAGGCGUGCUGGCCAAGGGGGAGGGAAGAUUGGCCACCGCUCUGUCUCGCCCUCUCCUAGAAUUUGCUCCGGGAAGAGCUGCGGGGAAGACGUCCUCCUGAAGUCGCUCCCUGGGGCGGGCUUGUGCCACUGCCCCGCCGGUCACCCAGGCGACCACCGCCCUCCCUCCGCGCCGACUCCCUGGCCCGCUGGGGUCUCGUUCCGGAGACGGGACCAUGAAGCGCUCGGCGGCCUCCUGGCUCGUGGUCUGGCUCAGCCUUGGAGUACCCCUGUUCUGCAAAGGUGAUAUUUGUGACCCCAAUCCCUGUGAAAAUGGAGGGGUCUGUCUGUCAGGAUUAGCUGGUGGAUCCUUUUCCUGUGAGUGUCCAGAUGGCUUCACGGAUCGCAACUGUUCUAGUAUCGUGGAGGUUGCAUCAGAUGAAGCGCCAACGUCAGCAGGUCCCUGCAUGCCCAAUCCGUGCCACCAUGGAGGAACUUGUGAAAUAAGUGAAGCGUACCGAGGGGACACAUUCAUAGGCUAUGUUUGCAAAUGUCCUCGGGGAUUUAAUGGAAUCCAUUGCCAGCAUAACAUAAAUGAAUGUGAAGCUGAGCCUUGCAAAAAUGGUGGAAUAUGUACAGAUCUCAUUGCUAACUAUUCCUGUGAAUGCCCAGGUGAAUUUAUGGGAAGAAAUUGUCAAUACAAGUGCUCAGGCCCAUUGGGAAUUGAAGGUGGAAUCAUAUCAAAUCAGCAAAUCACAGCUUCAUCUACCCACCGAGCCCUUUUUGGACUCCAAAAAUGGUAUCCCUACUAUGCACGUCUUAAUAAAAAGGGGCUUAUCAAUGCCUGGACAGCUGCAGAAAAUGACAGAUGGCCAUGGAUUCAGAUAAAUUUGCAAAGGAAGAUGCGAGUUACUGGUGUGAUUACCCAAGGAGCCAAGAGGAUUGGGAGCCCAGAGUAUAUUAAAUCAUACAAAAUUGCCUACAGUAAUGAUGGGAAGACGUGGGCAAUGUACAAAGUGAAAGGCACCAAUGAAGACAUGGUGUUCCGUGGAAAUGUUGAUAAUAACACCCCCUAUGCUAACUCGUUCACACCACCCAUAAAAGCUCAAUAUGUCAGGCUCUAUCCUCAAGUGUGUCGAAGGCACUGCACUUUAAGAAUGGAACUCCUUGGCUGUGAGCUCUCAGGCUGUUCUGAGCCGCUCGGGAUGAAAUCAGGACACAUCCAAGAUUAUCAGAUCACUGCUUCCAGCAUCUUCAGAACUCUCAAUAUGGACAUGUUCACUUGGGAACCCAGGAAAGCUCGGCUGGACAAGCAAGGCAAAGUGAAUGCCUGGACUUCUGGACACAACGACCAGUCACAGUGGCUGCAGGUGGAUCUUCUUGUCCCUACCAAAGUGACUGGCAUUAUCACACAGGGAGCAAAAGAUUUUGGCCAUGUUCAGUUUGUAGGUUCCUACAAACUAGCUUACAGCAAUGAUGGAGAGCACUGGACUGUGUACCAAGAUGAAAAGCAAAGAAAAGAUAAGGUUUUCCAGGGAAACUUUGACAAUGACACCCACAGAAAAAAUGUUAUCGACCCUCCCAUCUACGCCCGGCACCUACGAAUCCUUCCUUGGUCCUGGUACGGGAGGAUCACGCUUCGGUCAGAGCUGCUGGGAUGCACAGAGGAGGAGUGAGGAUCUAUCCCUGAAAGUCUUCCUGGAAUGGACUGUGCAAACUGUAGAAAAAUGAAUGGAUUAUCCCCCCACCUUUUUUUCACGAGAGAGUACUCAGUUUAUGGUAGGCCACUGUCUUUAAGGAGGUCUAAAGCUCGCCUUUUCAAUGUUUCCAUUUUACUUUAAUUUUUAUUACUUUUCUCGUUGCUUUCUGAGUAAUUCAUACUGGUUGAAAUAUGUUGGGGGAAGAAAGUGCCAUUCUAUUUAGAGCAAGAGUGAAGAGAAAUCUCAUCUUUAUUAAAUAGCCACUAGAGUUGAUAGAGCUUUUACAAUCAAUAUUCAACCAGUUCUUACAAAAGGAAUACAUGUUAGCAAUAGUUGUUUUUCUUUUAUUUUCCCUUCUGUAAUGACUCUACAUUACCCUAAUUGUUUCCCUGUGCCUACCAAACAAAUCAUAUUUGUAAUAAGAUUUUGAAAUGAAUCUCUAAUAUGCAGUACAUAUAUAAUUACCUUCUUUUUACUUUCUUAUUUCUAAUCAAAGAUCAUUGACUUAUUUUUAUUUUAGUUCCCUUCCAUAUUCUUUGUAUUUUAUAUUGCUUGAAUAAGGCUAUUUACUUUUCAAUUUAAUUUCCUGAGUUACUUGCCUAAAAAGGGGGCUGUGAUAAUUUGUAUAUGUGGCGCAUAAUUGAAUCUUUGUAGAUUGAUCUGUAUUUAUUGAUCCGUAGAUUGAAUUGGCAAUUUUAUAUUUGAAGGAAGGGAUAUACCUGUGUAAAUUCUAAAUACUUCCUUUAUAGAGAAUCACAUACUAUCUUCUGGCAAAAUUAAAAGCAACCAGAAAUAUGAAUUUUGUCCCUUUUAAACUAAAUCCAAGCCUUUGUUUCAUGGUCUUUACAUAGCCUUUUCUUUAAAAUAGUAGAACCAUUUAUUCCUUGUAAUUUUUUAAACAGCAAAUAUUAACAUAGUGCUGCAUAACUUGGCCAAACAUACUCAUAGUUACUUUGUUCAUCUUUGAAUUUCCUGUGAAACUAAAAAUUUAUGGAGAUUUGAAAUUGGUUUCCCAGGAAGGCACAUUGCGUAGUUAUCUGUGAACAGAGAAGUAUGUAGUAGUGACGAAGUAGUGUACCAUUUUCACGUUAAAAAUUGAUGUCUGUUUAUUUGGCUUCAAAGGUCCCGAGAAAACAAGCAAUCAUCAUAACAAUUUGGAAGUUUCAUUGACAAAUCACUCAAAUGCAAGCUCGCACCAUCUCCACAGAAGUCCUCAACAUCUAAUUUAUGCAUUUUACAAGUAUUUAUUUAAAAGACUUAGACACAGAAUUAUCAGAAUUUUAAAUAAUGGGUACUGGGAAAGAAAGUGUAGUUUAUGCACGAAAUGUUGAGGUCAUGUGCAACACUGCUACAUGCCUUUGGUUCGGGUUUGUAGUUUUUUGUGCUGCAUAACAAAAGCCUCUAGACGGUUACUGUCUUGUCUGCCCCUGUGUUAACGGCAUUUCUUAAUGAUGUAUAUAUGGAGUGGUCUUCAAUCAGAGUGAAGGAUUUGAAGAGAAAGUCCAUCAUAAUGACAGUUUUUGAAUAAGGGAAAAUUGGCUAGUUUUAAGGUGACUAGUUUGUCCUACCCCAUACCCUUGAUGCUCUAACUGUGAAAUUAUUGGUUUGAAGCAUCUAAAAUGCUAAUUAUUUUCAGCACCUCUCAAAAAUAGAACUGUUGUGUCUUCGAUGUAGUCUUUUUUUGGAAAACUAAAAUUAGGAAUUUAGAAUGUUUUAUAGUAGACUAUUUAUAGAUUCAUGCUACAAAUAAUUACUUAGGUCCCAAACUGUACAAACAUUCAAAGUCUAGCCAAUAGUCCUAAUUCUUUUUCAAAGUUUAAAAUCACGUUACUGUCCCUUCGAAGUUCUAACCUCUUUCUUUUGCAGGUCACCCUCUAAAGGAAGGCUUACAAAUCAUGAGUAAUGGUUUGUGAUGACUCACUUUUUCAAAAUUACUCAUGCCUUCAUCAGCUACUUUGAAUAUUUUUAUUGACAGCUUUUGCAAAAGGGAUUAUUUUCCAAGGAAGUUGCUUAAGAUUCUAGUCGUUAUUAAGGAAUAAAUGUAAACUGCUUUCUCUUGCUCGUGUACUUUUUCUGCUCUAUAUACUACUUACCAGUAUGGCAGGUCCCAUGGAGCAAUGAUUUUGUCCUAAGACUUUCCAAAAUUGCUGAUAACAAAGGCACUCCCACAUGUAGGAAAAUUGAAAAAUGCCAAGUACUUGGUAGCAUUUGUGUCAUUUUUGUCAUCUGUUACACCAAGCUCUGCAAAUGCAUUCUAUUUAAAUUCACACAGAGCCAAGUACAAUCUAACGAGCAGAACACAGAGAAGAAAGACCUAAGCUGAAUCACUGUAAUAUGCUCAUCUUAUCAUCUAAGAUAUUCACUUCAAACAUCUUAGUUUUAUUUAUGGUCUAGUAAAAUUGCUUAUCAGAGUUAUAAAUUCUUAUUUUAGGAUUGGCUUUCUCAUUCAGAAUGACUUCCAAAGGGGUAGUGUGAAUUUUGAAGACAUGGGGUACUAAUGAUUGUCUCUGUGCUAGUCAACAAAGUAUGAAGUAUAACACCCAAUGCUGGUGUCUGAUGUGUCAGUAAGGACAAAAACAACUAAGACUCAAAUAACCUUUGCAACCUUUCAUGCUGUGUAAUAUUCCAAUGUGGUUUUUUUUUCUUUGUAUCUAUAUAUACACUUAAAUCAUGUAGGAUGUUGUAAAAUCAGUAUGACCUUGUCUAAUCUUUGAACUUCAAAUAAAAAUUUUGAAAAUCUGA